CCUGCAGGCACCGUGUUGACAAAUAAUGUCGAUACAAUGCGACCUGACUGGACGGUUUAAACUCGGUCAGGAGGAAUGGCGCCUUCAAUGUAGCUACCAUGGGACUACUGUAUACCCCGCUGAACAUCCCGGCUACUACCAGGCGGCAGAAAAUGGACCGCGAAGCGCCUGUACUCUUUGCACAGGAUCAACCCUUACCCUUCAAUUCACCUGACUGGUAUCCUCAAGAUCAAAUACGAGGACGAAGUACCUGAGUACUUAGGUUAGGUAGUCGACAGUAUGUCGAACGCUCCGAUAAUAGCAUUCGAUUACGACUUUUCUCCUUACUCACAGAAGAUCCGCGCCGCCCUCGCCGUCGCAGGUAUCUCCUUCGAGCGUAGCGACCAGCCCCUCGUGCUGCCGCGACCCAUUCUCGAGCAACUGGACAUCACAUACCGCCGCAUUCCACUCCUCGCAUUCGGCAAGGACAUUUAUGUUGAUUCGUCACUCAUCAUCGACGAGCUGCAAUCCCGUUAUAAUGCGCUGCCAACUACGCCCGCAGACAAGGCGUUCGAAGUUUUUGGCGUGCAGAUCUUUGCCAGUGCGCUAAAUGUCAUCCCCACAGCUGCCCUCACGCCAGAAUUUAUAAAGGACCGCCUGACCAUUUUCCCUGCUUUGGCAAACCCCAAUUAUGCUGAACUCAGACCCAGUGGCCUGGCAGAGAUAAAGGCGAAAUUCAACAUCAUCGAGAAAGAAUUUUUGGGCUCAUCGCCGAGUGCAUUCAUCAGUGGCGAAAAGUUUGGACUCGCAGACCUCCAUGCUGGUUGGGCCGUAGGGUGGGCGCUCAAAGCCAUUGGCCUUGGCCAGGAACCAGGAUUUGGCGAACAAGACUUUCCUAGAAUUUACAAGUGGGUAGCAAGUUGGCCGAAGCCUCAGUACACCGAUCUGUCUCAAGAGCAGCUUAUGGACAAGCUGAAGGAUGCAGACUACACUGCAAAGGAGAUUGGCGUAAACGAGAAAGACCCUCUGAGCAUUCGAGCGGGUACAGACGUCACGGUAGAGAACAGUGAUACGGAGGCUGGCGCACAUCCACAGAAAGGCAAGCUUGUUGGCACCAACGAUAGGGAGACAGUGAUCGAGCUGAAAAAUGGCAUACGCGUCCAUUUCCCACGUAUAGGAUAUGUAGUCAAAGAGGCAAAAGCGAGUGGCAUGGCAUCCCGAUUUGGACGGUCAUAGAAAUAUUUCAGCCUAAGUGGUUGGACCUCACGAGCACGUUUGUUGUGCAGUAAAGUUUGUGGAUUUGUAUAGAUCCCUGCUUCUGCUAUAGCCAUGUCCAGUAACAGGCAACACUAAGCUAGACUUGCGUCAACAACAAGAACUCGAUCUCCUGUCCU